CGUCGCCUUUGUUUACUUGUAGCAUGUAGAAUGCUAACCAGCAGGAUAGACAACUAAAUCUAACUAGGUCGAUGCAACUACAUUGAAAGAUGUUCUAACUCUUGAGUAUUAUCCCCAAGAGUUAAACGUCCCGCAUUUUAGCUCCAGGGAAAGCAUUUUAGCUUCAGGGAAAGUCCAUAUUUAACGAGUUAACGCUAGCCCCUUGAGCUAGGUCGUUGGCUAAUCAAAAUCCUUUAUUAGGCUACUGACAUACAAUUUGAAAUAGAUAGAGGGAAAAACAUACUCAACAUUAUGAAAAGACACGAAGACCAACAAGAAAGGCCAACUGCAGGAUGCCUCUCUGUUCCACUCUUUAACCAGAGGAAAAGGAUCCGAAUGCCCAUGACAUCUAAUCCCUCAGAUAAAGGCUUCGGUGUCAGCAACGAGUGCAUGCCAAGUACUAGUUCAUUUUACAGCGCACAAGGUGGUUACCAAGCUUCAAGUUACCCUACCAGUACACCCCAUGGCUACUUUUGGAACAGACAGAGUAACCCUCAGCCUUAUCAGCAGUCCCAGCAGAGUGGUAGCAACCGGAGUGCACCUGGACCAGCCCCUACCAUUAGAACCUGUGCCACACCCCUACCACACCCAUACAAACCAGGGAACACGAGUUGUCAGAUGAACCAACAGGACCCUCCGGCCACCGCUUACCAGAGACAAACCAACUACCGCCCCUCUGCCCACACCAAUGAAAGGACACAGGUCCAGACCAAGCCUUGGCCUGAAAGAGGUUCUUCUCAAAUGGGUCAGCAUGGAUCCUAUUCACAGGCUAGUUCUCCAAAUAACCUCUACACCCAACCACCCAGACCUCCUCUCCCUCAGCCCAGCCGGCCUCUUGCUCACACAGAAAAAACACAAAACACUUCCUGGAGAUUUAAACCCACUAACAACCAGGGUUCCCAGAGACCCCUUGUGGAAACAAGCCACAGCAUGUUUCGCUCUCAGAGUGCCUCCGGGCCAGCACCACAGACCCAACCAGCCUUUCAGAUUCAGAAGUCAGCCACGGGUCAAUCAUUGAGGAUUCUGACAGCUGUUAUUGUUGGCAUGAGACACUGGAGCCAGUUCAAGGACAGAGCACCGUACCUGUUUGAGAUAUUUGCUACUUUGGACUCUGCUGUAACCAUGGGCUCACAUGGAUCCAAGAGCUUCCUCCUAAGAGAUGGGAAGGCUACUGUGCAGUGUGUCUACUAUGAGAACGAGCAGGAGCUGCCCAGGCUGAUCCGUGGGCAGGUCCAGCGCUGUGUGGGCACCUACGACCACGCCAAGGACCUCCUGAGAUGUGUUUCCGUCCGGCCUGCUCUGCCCUCAGAGCAGAGGAAUGCCCAGGAGGCAGUCAAAGCCUGCAAUGUAGAGAUGAGGGUGCUGGUCAAGUCAUUCAGCGAAGUCUGAGCAGAAGCAACUUACUUGCCGGAAAAAAUGCUUUAUAUUCCUAAUUAGUUAUAUUUUCUAUUUAUGUAUUAAUAUAUGGGAUAUUUACAUGAAAAAUAGGUCACCUGCAAUAUGUUAAGUGAUUUGUCAAACAUGCUUCUCGUGCCAGUUUGAUUCUUCAGAUUGUAGGCGUUUGAGUUAUUAUUGAAUGGUCUUACCUGUAAGGGGCGCUGUUGUCAUGUUCUAUAUUUGUGAGUAGCAAGUUGUGUUUUAGGUUGUUUGAAAAUAUAUAGUAUCAUUUAUUCUAUAUCCUAAAAGUAGAAAAAUAGUUUGAUUGAAUUUCCAGCAAAAUUAAAUGUGUUUCUUCAGUUUUGGAAAUUUUUAUUGCAAAGAAAAGUCACAGAACAGCAAAUAUUGUCAGAGCGCUUG